AUGCAGCUGACGUGUAAUUCUAACGGAGACAUUCAGGGGACUGUUAAUUGGAAAGCAAAGGGAACCGAAUUACAGAGUGAUUCACACUAUGAGCUUUCGUCAGGAGGUCGGACGCUUACAGUGAAAGGUGUCACCCCCAGUGAUAACGCUGUGACGUGUGAUGAUAAUGUGUACGGGUUUGGUAAAGUGGGAGACAUCGCUGUUGGACAGUGUGGCACUAAUGAAGUGGGCAGUAAAACUGCAAAGUGUGGAGAAGAUGGAAAGUGGAAACUUGUCCAAAACAACUGCGUCCUUCGAGUCUUUCAAAUGCUGAAAGAAGAAUCUCAGGACUUGGAUACGAACACUAUAAAAGAAUUUGUGAUGAAAGUUACAAAUGCGUCACAAGAGCACGUGGAAGAAGUCGCCACUUCCCCCGGCACUGUUGCAACUAUCAUAACCCUGCUUAACACUAUCGCUGAUGUCUCACAAAACAUUCAGGUUGACCAGGUUGUAAUUGAGGAUUUUCUACAAACACUGGAUGUCAUCACAUCUCCUGCAACAAAGGAAACUUGGAUUGAAUUAAAUGACAACACUGAAAGCAAAGGAAACAGCUCUUUACUCCUGAUGUCUUUGGAAAAUAUCUUUAAAAGUGUUUCAGAUGACGUCCCCGAUUUUACAACCAACACCACCGAGUUUAGAAGGGCCACCAUUUCUAAUGAGCCCUUCAAACAGAUUUUUGGGAACGACUCAAUAGCCACAAUAUUCAUUUCCAACACCACUCUGACCACGAACGUUACGAUCACUUCUGUCGCUUUCUUUAAUCUGAACUUCGUCCUGCCAGCCAGAAACGACAGUGUGAACGAGACCUCGGGGACCGUCGUUAACGGAAUCAUUGUUUUGGUCUCUGUGAAUAAGAACGACAGUAUUCACAACACCACACUGACCUUCAGAAAGCUCAAUACCACUGGCAACUUGGCAAAUGCUGACUGCGUUUUCUGGAACUUUGAUCUUUUCAACGCUAUCGGAGGAUGGGACUCGUUUGGCUGUAAGCGGAAGUCGGAUCUGAAUGGAGUCGUUACGUGUGAAUGUAAUCACACCACCUCAUUUUCUAUCCUGAUGUCUCCAGGCGGUGUGGACAGCGCCCCUCUGUCCAUCAUCACGUACGUUGGUGUUGCCGUGUCAAUGGCCAGCUUGGUGUUGUUCCUCCUCAUUGAGGCCAUCUUCUGGAAGCCCAUCACCAGAGGCCCCAGCAGCCCCAUACUGUAUUUGCGACACAUUUCCUUGGUAAACAUUGCUGUGUCGCUCCUGAUCGCCAACAUUUGGUUCAUUAUUGGGGCGGCUAUCUCAGAGUCCGCCCCGACGGUGCCGAUUGACCCCUGCAGCGCGGCAGCCUUCUUCAUCCACUUCUUCUACCUUGCUCUUUUCUUCUGGAUGCUGGUGUCUGCUCUUCUGCUCUUGUACAGCAUCUUGGUGGUUUUCUCUCGCAUGUCCAAGAGCGCCAUGAUGGCCAUCGCCUUCUGUGUGGGCUACGGAGCUCCGCUCAUCAUCUCCGUCGUCACUGUGGCGUCAACAGCCGGAGGAGAAACCUACAUCAUAAAGGAAGGAAGAUGCUGGCUGAACUGGAAAGAGUCUAAAGCUCAGCUGGCCUUCAUUAUUCCAGCCCUGACCAUAGUGUUCAUCAACUUCCUGGUCAUGGUCGUGGUCCUGUAUAAAAUGCUGAGGAAAAGAGUGGGAGAAAGAAGCGGUGACGAUAAGAACGCCAUGACCGUCAUCGCUCGCUUCGUGGCCGUAUUGACCCCCGUUUUCGGGAUCACCUGGGGGCUCGGCUUGGGCCUCAUGAUUAGCCCUGAAAGCUUAGCACUGCACUACCUGUUCGCCAUCUUAAACUCACUGCAGGGAUUCUUCAUCGCGGUGCUCGGGACGCUGUUCGAUAAGAAGGUUUGUGUGCUGAUGUUCAGUUCACUCCCUAUGAUGGUGUUUUGUUGGUCCUGA